AGAGUUGCAGAGAACAGAAAAACUACCCAAAGAUUUUCAUAGAGAAAGAAAAAAAAAAACUAGGAUAGCCAGAGCCAUCUCUAACAAGAAAGCUCGAAACCCUUGAAUGGCCAAGCGUGUAAUCCCAACAGCGCAGAGAAUCCUGAAGACGCUCCGCCCUCUCAACUCGGCUUCCUCCACCACCAUCUCCGGCGUUUCGCCGAUCACCUUCCCUGGAAAGCCUGAAGCGGAUGAGCUGCUGCAGCCGACGAGUUUAAGCCAGCGGGGUAAGGAUAAUAUUGAUGUCUUGUUUGACCUUGAAGACGUGAACAACAGGCUGUUUGAGACGGUUCCGACGGUGAAGCUGCUCCGUGCGGCGGCGAAUCUUCACAUGGUGGCGAUGGAGCCGAUGGUGGAUUUGGGAAUGUGGAUGAUGAGGUCGAGGCUAAUGGCGACGCCAGUGGUUAAAGACGUUAUUUUGGGGUUCAUUAGGUCUACGUUUUAUGAACACUUUUGCGCCGGCGAGGACGCUAUCGCCACCGGUAAGUCGGUGUGCGCGCUGAACGAGGCGGGGCUCCGAGGCAUGCUGGUCUACGCUUUGGAGUACGCCAGCGACAACGAGUCGUGUGAUCGGAACUUGCAGGGGUUCUUGGACACCGUUGAAUCCACCAAGUCGCUUCCUCGUUCUUCCGUGAGCUUUAUUAUACUGAAGAUUACUGCGAUCUGCCCCAUGAAGCUUCUCGAGCGGGUUAGUGACUUGCUCAGAUGGCAACAGAAAGACCCUUCUCUCAAUCUUCCAUGGAAGCAUGAGACUCUACCCAUUUUCUCCGAAUCCAGCCCCCUCUAUCAUACGAAGGAAAGACCGGAACCUCUAACUCCGGAAGAAGAGCGUGAUCUCGAGUUAGUCCAUCAGAGACUGCAAGGACUGUCCGAGAAGUGCUUGGAAGCCAAUGUCCCCUUAUCAGUCGAUGCAGAGUACACAUUGAUUCAACCUUCCAUUGAUUACUUGACGUAUGCUUCGGCAAUCAAGCACAACAAAGAUGACAACCCGAUUGUUUACGGAACAAUCCAAGCUUACUUGAAAGAUGCAAAGGAAAGAAUGUUGCUAGCAUCAGAGGCUGCAGACAAGAUGGGCAUUCCGAUGGGGUUCAAAGUGGUGAGGGGUGCCUAUAUGUCUAGUGAAAGUAAAAAAGCUUCUGCCUUAGGCUAUCCCUCUCCCAUUCACAACAGCAUUGAGGAGACACACGCAUGCUUCAACGAGUGUGCGUCUUACAUGCUUGAGAAAAUUGGCAAUGGCUCUGGAGCUGUUGUUCUUGCAACCCAUAAUGUAGAAUCAGGGAAACUGGCCGUCAAAAAAGCACAUGAAAUUGGCAUCAGCAAGGUGCACCAGAAGCUCGAAUUCGCUCAGCUGUAUGGAAUGGCAGAAGCACUUUCCUUUGGUCUGAAAAAUGCAGGGUUUCAAGUCAGCAAGUAUAUGCCAUUUGGACCUAUAGAAUUAGUGAUGCCUUACCUUUUACGGAGGGCAGAAGAAAACCGAGGGCUUUUAUUCGCCUCAACUCUUGACAGAUACCUUACCAGGGAGGAGUUGAAAAGGAGACUCAAAACAGCAGUUUUCUAAGGCAAAACCUAAAAGGCUUCUGUAUAAAAGUUAACAAGCUUGGCGCUUCACCGCCAACAUUGUAAAUAAUUAGUAAUUGUGGCGCAGUUACUGGAAUGAAUAAUGAAGAUGGGUUUGUAAGAAUUGUAAGAAAGUUGUGCUCUGUAAUUCCCUAUCAGAUUAGGGGCAUGAGGCUGUAAUCUCGGGCUGCAACAAGUCCCUACUCAUACUUCCAUGCUGAAAAUGAAUAAAGGUCCACAUUUAUGUUUCUUGUAA